AUGGACAACGACACCAAGGGCAAGAUGGAGCCGGCUACUACAACUGGCAGUGUUGUCAUAGUGACUGAAGACGCGCGCCCUCAGCGUGUCUCCUUUUUCGAGAACAUUUUUUAUCAUCUCUGGGAAAUGACCAACAUCUCAAGAGCCCCGAGGAACGCAAGCUUGUUAGAAAGCUUGACUUUGGCAUUCUCAUUUGCGCCACUCUUGGCUAGUGGUAUGAAGGAAGACCUGAACAUUCAGGGCAACCAAUACACAUACGUGUUGAUUAUGCAGGUCCCCUCCAAUGCCAUCGUUCUCAAGGUCAGGCCCAGAAUCUGCAUUGUUGUAUGUGAAUUGGGAUGGACUGUAUUCACUUUUGCCCAAGCCGCUUCCACGAGCCCGACACAAAUGUACGCCUUUCGCUUUAUGAUCGGAUUAUUUGAGUCCGGUUUCUCUCCAGUUAUAAUUUUCCUUUUAGGCUCUUGGUACAAUAAAGCCGAGCUGGCGAAGAGAAUGGCUAUCUGGAAUAUCACGGGUUUCUUUGGUGCAGCAACAUCAGGCUUCCUGCAGGCUGCCGUCCAUAAAACUCUCGAUGGACGGCUUGGCCUUGCUGGUUGGCGUUGGAUGUAUAUCAUCUGUGGUUGCAUGUCACUCCCUGUUGCUUUAUCGGUGUGGUUUCUUCUACCUGAUUUGCCUCACAACACAAAGGCUUGGUAUAUCACCAAAGAGGAGAAACAGAUCGCAUUGCGCCGCUCUGCUACUCAAGGAAAGGCUCAAGUAAAUGGAAAGUUGGACAAAGCCCUUGCCAAGCCUUGCCAGGGUGCAUCUUAUUUCGCCAUCUACCUCAGAGCAUCCGGAUAUAGUGUCACGGCACGAAAUGUUAUUCCAGGUUGCGCCAACCUCGUUUCCAUGAUCACCGACUUCUCAUACAGCUUCGGAUCUGACUACACCGGUAACCGUGUCUGGUGGAUGGUUAUUCCUAUUAUGUGCACAACCGUGGUUGGCUCUUCUAUCCUCACAGCAUGGCCGGCUGCCGAUGCUGCCCGCGUGGUCGCAUUCUUCCUUCUUUCAAGUGGUUUCGUCACAGGCAUCACUUGGACCUGGGCCAAUGAGAUCAACGUUGGCAGUGCCGAAGAACGUGCCCUUACAAUCUCAAGCAUGAACGGUCUAUUGUAUGCUACCGGUUCAUCCAUGCCUAUUCCUAUCUUCCCCCAGACCAUGGCCCCUAAGUUCGAGCGGGGCUUCCCAUCUUUGCUUGGCUUUGGCGUGGUUGCGUGUAGCUUGAUGUUAUUUGCCGACUUUAUGCACAAGAGACAGUUGCGUCUCGAGGCUGAGCAAUCUGACAGUGCUGUUCCCGCAGAACGUACGAAGUUUGAAGAGAAUUAG